AUGUCUGAAAACUCUCUUUCUUAAAAUGAAUUUUAUGAGUUGAAACAUGUUAGAACAUUAAAAAACAAACCUUCAAAAUUAACAUAAAAAAAGAAGAGAACUUUAUUCUAUUUAAAUAAAGCAAUGUUAGAAAAAGAAUAUAUUAAAACUGAUUUGAGUUGUGAUUGUACAGAAUGUGGAAAAUGCAGUUAAUUUAUUGGGACAAUAAAAAAACAAUACCCAUUUAAUGGAACAAGGUAAAAAAUUAAUAAAUUUCAAGAUGGUAGAAAAGAAAGAGAGUUUUAAAAAGAUUUAAAGCAGCAAUUAAUGCUAUUAUUUUUAUUUUAUCAUAUAAAGUGGAGGCUAUUAAAAAAUUUAGAAAAAGGAUGCAUAUUCUAAAAGCAAUGAGAAAUUUAACAACAGUAAAAAAAUCUUAAAUUACUGCCUCAACUCAUUUAUAGUAAUAAUAAUUAAUUAGUAUUCCUCAAUCAAGAUAAUCAUAGAGGUACUAAUUGUAAUAAAAGUAAGGAUUAAAACUACUCCUGAUGAUGAAACUUUUUUUAAUCAUUUAAUAAAUAGUGCCAGAGAACCUAGAAAAAGUUAAGUUUCAUUGUAUAUGA